AAAACCUUGGUUGGGAUGGAAAGGAAAGAAGAGGAACAAGAAGAUAUGGAAGGAGAAAGUAAUUGGAGCGUAGCAGUGGAAGAUCUUGUCGAUGGUGGAGACGUUGAAGGAGCAGUUUCACUUCUCGAAUCUGUGAUUUCGAAGCUCGAACCUGGAGCUACUUCAUCGCCUUCGAAUCUGGAGUUGGCUACUGCUCUCGGUGACUUGGCUAAUCUCUACUCCUCUCGAGGUUUCUCUCUGAAAGCGGACGAACUUCGAAGCCAAGCAUUUCUCAUAAAAGAAGAAGGUCGUCAACAUAUUCGUCUUCCAGGGGAUUCAGAUACUGCAAGGAAGAAAGAUCAAGAGGGGAAUAGAGUUUCGCCUUCUGACGCAGCAUCUUCUUGCGAUGCUUCUGCCGCCAAUGCUUCUGUUUCUUCGGAUGAUGAUUGGGAAGCUAUUGCUGAUCGUGAACCUGGUGAAUUAUUCUCUCCACACAAUGAAGGGGGUGCAGAAAAACUUUCACUUGAAGAUACCAAAGUUCAGACUCCUAAGCGGCGGGGAAGGGGGGCAUUCUUGUACAGGAAAAAUGGCUUGUAUAGUGAUAAAAAACUUGAUAUUGCAAGGGAAAGUGAGUCAGAUGAUGAAGCUCCUAGCCGUAGUUCAGAAGGAAAUACAGAACUAAGAAAUUCAAGAUUUGGUAUGAGUCAUGUACUUGUUCUGGAUGGUUUCUCACCAAGUACAAAAACAACAGAUUUGGAGAAGUUUUUUGUGAACUACAGUGACUCUGAUGUUGCAAUCCGCUGGGUCCAUGAUACUGUCGCGCUUGCAGUAUUUCGAAAUCCAUCCAUCGCAAAUGAGGCAGUAAAAAGCGUCUGUUGUCCAUUCAUGGUACGUCAGCUUAAUGAGAAUGAUGAACUUUUGAGCUCAAUUUCAACUAGAGAUCUUGAACCUCCUAUUCCAAGGCCAAAAACAUCUGCAAGGACAGCCCAGAGGUUGAUUGCUCAGAUAAUUGGACAGAAGCUGUCGCCAACCUUUGGAUCCAGUGAGUUGAAGAAACAAGAGGAAGCCAGAAAGAACCGCAUAGUCACGAGGCAAAACUUGAGGGAUGAGGCCUGGGGUGCUGACUAGAAGUACUAUUUGUGUUCCAUAUCUCAGUUCUUUGCUGAUGUUUCUUAUCCUAUUUUCUUGAAUUAACCCAUUAGCAAUAUCAUCUGAGUUCUGAACUAGAGCUCCUGGAUUUGAUGAACAUACUACUACAUAAGAGGAUCAGGAAAUUGGUUCAUGUGACAGAAAAUGCAUUUUGCGAUGCCAAAAUAUAACUUAUAUUGACUGCAACGAAAACAUGAUCCUGUUGGACUUCUUCCCA